AUGGGAUACAAUCGUGUGUCUUUAAGUUUAACAAUCCUGCUCGUUCUGAUUACAUGGCAUGUAGUUUAUGGUAACGAUGCUACACCAAUUCCUCAGAACAAAAACCAAAUCGAGCAGUGGUUCAACACCAACGUCCCUACGCUGGCUAGUAGAAAAUACACGUUAGAUCCAGCUCUAUUGACAGCUGAGGCUACGCCGCGUGUGAAACAAAAUGGAGGAGGCCAUUUCAAGACACUGACCGAGGCCAUAAAUAGUGUACCCGCAGGAAACAAGGAGUGUGUGAUCAUCAAGUUAGGUCACGGUGAAUACAAAGAGAAGGUUACGAUCGAUAGAAACAAGCCAUUCAUCACAUUGUACGGUCAUCCAGAUGCAAUGCCAGUGUUGACGUUCGACGGUACGGCAGCCCAAUACGGAACAGUCGAUAGUGCAACUCUCAUUGUCUUGUCCAACUACUUCAUGGCCAUCAACAUCAUCGUCAAGAAUUCUGCUCCAAUGCCUGAUGGGAAAAGGAAAGGAGCACAAGCAUUAUCUAUGAGAAUCUCUGGCAACAAAGCAGCUUUCUAUAACUGCAAAUUCUAUGGUUAUCAAGACACGAUUUGUGAUGACACUGGAAAUCAUUUCUUAAAGACUGUUACAUCGAAGGAACAUUUGAUUUCAUCUUUGGAAGUGGACGCUCUCUAUACCUCCUCAUGCGGGGAAAAGCACGGAAGAGAAAAGUGGGUACUCAUUCGUGCACUGCAAGGUUACAGGGACUGGAACUGGGAUCUACUUGGGCCGAGCAUGGAUGAGUCACCCCAAGGUCGUUUACGCAUACACUGA